AUGGUUUCUUUAGAAGAGGCGGAAAUGGAAUUUUGGAGACUGAUGACCUCAGAAGACACUGACAUUGUCGUUGAAUAUGGCGCAGAUCUAAGCGCAAGCGAGUUCGGUUCUGGCUUUCCUUCGCAACACAAUAGUGUUCAUUGCGCAUCAGACAAGUAUUUUCACUCUCCAUGGAAUUUGAAUAACAUACCUCUCGGAAAGCACUCAGCUCUUCAGUUCUUGACGAAGGAUAUAUCAGGCAUGAUCACCCCCUGGUGUUAUGUCGGUAUGAUCUUCUCCUGCUUUUGUUGGCAUACAGAAGACCACUGGAGUUAUUCAAUCAAUUACUUACACAAGGGUUCUCCGAAGACCUGGUACGGUGUUCCGACUGCAGCGGCUGACACCUUCGAAGCUGCAAUGCGUGCUGAGAUUCCAGAACUAUUUGAAACGUCCCCCGAUCUGCUGCACCACAUGACAACUAUGGUAUCACCCACUGUUCUGAUUAAUCGUGGAGUACCAGUCUAUCGACUCGACCAGUUGGCCGGGGAAUUUGUCAUCACUUUCCCUCGUGCUUAUCACGCCGGUUUUAACCAGGGUUUCAACUUUGCUGAAGCCGUGAACUUCUGCCCUGCCGAUUGGUUUGAUAUGGGGCAGUCCUGUAUUGAGUACUAUGCCAUCUCUCACCGCGCACCCGUGUUCUCUCACGCGGAACUUCUAUGUCGAAUGGCUCAGUCCAACGAACCUUUAAGUGUGGAGUUUCUAGUGGUGGUGAUCAAACAAUUGAAGGAACUGUUGACUACUGAGCGUAGUCUGCGUCGGCUUUUGGCUCGGGUUGGCGUACGCCGUACGGAGAGAGUAGUUUUUGAGGAAACCGAAGACGAUAAAAGGGAGUGUGAUCUUUGCCACACUUUACUGUAUCUCUCUGCCCUCGCUUGCAGAUGCUCAUCAACCAUGGUUUGUCUAGCUCAUCACCAGGCGCGAAAUUGCUGCCCUCGUGAGGAGCAGGUGAUGCGUUACCGUUACGAUCUUGACGAGCUAUCUGAAUCUAUUGCGAAACUUGAGGCUCAUUUGGAUGAUUACCACCAAUGGCGGACGACUAUUGAAAGCGCUGUUCAACUGCCAAUCACCGGUUCCAUCGCUAGUGACACUACUUCAAGCAAUUCAACGCAAACACAUAUGCAGUCGACUUGUCUUGACAAGGUGGAACUGUCAGAUGGUUCAACCUACCUCAAGUCACUAGAUCGAAAUGGAGCACCUGACUCGAACCAGCUUCCUGCAUCACAGCAAGAAUCUGAGUGCAAUGUAGUGGCCAACUCUAACUCGCUGUCUUUGGUCGAACUACAUGAGUUACUUAACAUCGGGAAGUCUCGCAACUACCCAACUUCCGACCUAGAUCGCCUCAAACAUUUCGUGGCUGUCGUCGAUGAAUGUUCUUCUGUUGUCCGAGGUCUACUUUGCGCCUACCGCCGUGCUAGUUCUCAUGCUGAGCUGUCACCAACUCGAAGCUGUCCCAGUGCUCGUUGCAACGUGCUCGACACCAGAUCUACUAGCUCUUUAAGUGAUUCUGACUCUUAUACCGAUGGUUCCGACGAUCACACGGACUCUUGUUCAGAUGAUAGUUAUCUGACGGAGCACAAACCAUCGAAAGUAUCAACCGGAUCCGCUUCAGACGUCAUGAUUGCAAGCCCUAGAAAAUCGCCUGGGGGCUCAGCUUUUUCUACACCAUACAAGUCCGCUCACACAACUCCGGGCAAUAAAUGUAAUGUCCAAUCUCCACCACCCAUAGUCGGUGCCACCAGCAAUGAGCGAAAGUCAGAAAGCUUGAUUGUAUCGAAGCUACGCUUGGACGAGUUCUUCAGCCUGGUUAGAUUAGUCUCCAAACUGAACUCUUUCAUCCCGGAUUCAUCGGAGUUCCACGAUUUGGCCAAUCGCAUUUCAACCUGGCGAGAUCAAGUGCGUCACAUUGUCUACGAGUGCGAACAGGUGUCAGAUGCGCCAUCACUUGACGAGGCACAAGAAUGUUUGACCAAAUCUAUUCACUAUGAUUUGCCCCACCUGCGAACUGUGGGUGAUUUGCUCCGUUUUCCCUCCACCAUUUUAGUAGACCUACCUGAAACCACUCAGUUGAACCGGAUUUACGAAUGUUUGUCCUGGUGCACACUUGUUCAAAAUGCACUUGAAUCCCGUUCCAUCUCUACAACUGCUGGCAGCGUUUCCCAACCGCUUCAACACAGUAGACCAUCAUUGGAUGAUUUGUGUACUUUGCAAUUACAGGGUGAUUUCUUGUCAUCCAACAUUGCUUAUCUGGGCAUAAAGAUAGAAUCUCCUGAAUUAGGGGGCUGCAUGCGGCGGAUACCAAAUAUUCCUCGAAAUCGGUUAGAUCAUACGUUAAUGCGUAUCAGCUUGCGGUUGCUGAAUGUCAUUCAAGUCACAAAAGAUGCGGAAGAGAAAUUGCUACGCAUAAAAAAGGCAAGUCCCGGUAGCGUUUUAUUGGAGGAAGCGUUGGAACAACUUAGGCAAACGGAGAAUUUACCGGCUGCCUUACCAAUUGCUGAAGAAGUCCGAAAGAUGUGCACUCAAGCCCAAACGGUCGCCAGCCAAUUGGAGAUGAUUGAAAAGCUUCUAGUGAAGAUUCCCCCUAGUCAUGCUAUCCCAUCAAUUGAUCAGCAAAUAUUCAACAGUGACUUAUGCGAGCGCCUGGCAUUAGGAACUGUGGACUGUGUGCCGACUACUUGGAAAUCAUAUGUCGAUGAACUGUUGGAGCAGAAAGAAAAUCUACCAAUCUAUUGUCCGCAAAUCGCUCGCGUUCGUACUUUGAUCAAAUACAUUGAUGAAUGUCGCAAUCGAAUGGAACGUCUGUUUUUGUGGCCGAACUCGAAGUUAAGUUUACUCGAAAUCUUGUUACCAAGGAGCAAUCGGUCCCUGGAUUUGUUAGUUUGCUUAGACUCCGGAAAAGACAUCGAUUCCUUCAUUGCUGGGUCUUCUUCAAGACGAAGCUCACGUCUCGCCACCGCAGGCAUGGCUGCUUAUGCUUCUUUCUGUUUGGAGAAUGCAAAGAUGUUUGCGAAAGCCGUUGUUUCUUGCACGGAUCCUACUGUACUUUAUGAUGCAAUGUAUCGUCAACUCAUGACAGCGGAGUCCACCUCAAUGCAUCGUCUACGUCGUUCCAAUAUGCUUAAAUCGAGGUUAAAAAACCAGCGAACCGUCACUUAUUGUAUCUGCCGAAAACCCGGUUUUUCCGGUUUUAUGGUCCAAUGUGAGCUUUGUCGCGAUUGGUUCCACGAACGCUGCGUUUUUCUGCCCAGUAUGAAGGAAUCUGAGGCUGAACGAUUUCGAUACAUGUGCCCACGUUGUGAAAGAGGCCUUCGUCCUGAUUUGGCAACCGUGUUCAAGCUUUUGGAUGACUUGAAUAGCAUGGUUCCAUCGCAUUCACAAGCGGUUCCCACCUCUACAGUGGCACGGAAUCGGCGACCGUUUUGUUUGGCCCAACUACCCGAAUUCGCUGCUCUGCAGAUGCUGUGUGAGCGAGCACUAGCAUUCAUUCGCCUCGUCCGCUCGACACUACAGUCUAGCCCAGAAUUAUCUCAAAUGGUCUCAAAAUAUGAGCAGUACGUUGGGGCGAAAAUGCCCCUUGACUACACGGAGAGUAUGAAACAAACUUCUGCCCCCUGCACGGGACCUACCGAUCGCGCAUUGCAGCGUGUGCAAAGAUUGGAGCAUGCUGCAUCUAGCACAGCCGAGCCAUACCCUUCCCGUUCUGUUCCACGAGCUGGGUCAUUUAAAGAGACAAAGUGCAUACGACCUCCUGGCCCGUUUCAUGAAUCAGAUCCAGUUUCAUCGGCUCGCCGGCACGCACGCAAAACACCCCUUACAAUUCAUGACAUUCCCACUGGUCGCGGUCCAGAGAAUUGGUGCGAUGAACAGAGAGUCGGCGCAGCGGAAGCAUUGGCAGAAAUGUCCGCGUCGUUGUCAGAUCAGCCCUCAAUUGGAUCACCACCUUACUCCUCCGAAUAUACACCUUUUCAUGAUUCACCUAGACCAAUGUGGUCUCUUCAUUCCCAAGCAGAACGGCGCGUACUCUCGGGACAAGAACGAUCAUUGGUUCAAUGUAAACAAGCUGCUCGAUCACCCACUUGUAUGCCAAUUCGUGUGAGGACCGAUGUUGGGCGAUAUGAAUCUGCUGAUAGGCCAUCUUCGUCACACGGGAGAAGUUCACUCACUUCGCACUGCAAGCCCAGCCCACAUGCCAGAUAUGAUUCGGACGAGCUAGACACCACAUUCUUGCCCAGUUCACACAUAUCAUCGCGACAUGGUGAAAAGUACUUCUACCAUCACCUGUCUCCAGAAUCACGAACCACUUUGGAAAUGCUAAUCAUGAAGGCCAAUCUGUUGGAAGUUGAUGUACCCCAAACGCGGUGGCUUUGGCAGCUUCAUCUAGCCUCAGAUCCAGAAAAUACUACCAAUGGGGCCACGAAACCACAGCUUGCUCGGAUCGAAGAGAACCGUUUAAAACGCCGCUUCAUCAAACAGCUGGAACACGCAAGGGGAUCGCGAAAGUCAUUCAGUGGAAAACGACGUCGAGUUCUACUAUCUGAGCAAGCGUCGAUGAAGACAGAAGAAUCGGCUGCGUUCUCCAGUGCGAUGCACGAAGAUGAUAAAGUGAGCAGCGAAUCAUCAUCGUACGCUGACAACGAGACCACCGAGUUUGACCAACGAACUUGGCCAUCAGUCCAUUCGAAGCCAAUACCCGGCUCAGCUAAUGGCACGGUACAUACCCACCGCAAGGUUUAUCGACCAAUCUCCGCUAAAUCGUCUCUGGUCAGACGAUACAUGGCUUCUCGCACUGACCGUUUGCAACCUGUUCGGCGUAGACCUCCCUUUCACCGUCUCAAUCGUGUGAACAGAGGGAUGUCCUCCAUUUCUGCCCCAGCUCCAUCACAACUGCGAUAUCGGUUGGGCGCGAAAAUAUUUCCUAAACGCAUACUUUCAUCCAGUCAGCAAACGCUUCCUCGUCGCAUGGACAUAUCGGGUCGAAAGCCUCUUCAAAUUGCCGGCCAAGGACGCGGUGCUUACCGACGGCCUCGUCGUGUCCAUGGCACAGACAGUUCUCCGCACAACCAAACCAUCAGCCAUCUCUCCGACGUGUGCUCCUCUACGGGCGAUGAGAACGAAUCGAAUGAAGACAACCUUGAUGAACACCAGCCCAGUUUUCGAAACGUUCCCGGUUUGCACGCGCCACGGCGUCGAGGAAAGGCCGCCACAAGCAGCAGGGUGUCCCAGUCCGGACAAGGCGCCAAAUCCACGAAACGGAAAUCAAGUGCCCAAGGGGGCCGGGCGAUACGGAAAGACGAAUGUCACGCUGAACCUUGUCAGGAUCCGCGGACAGGCACAGUGGAAUGGAUUGCGUGUGAUAGAUGUAACUUGUGGUACCAUCAAGUUUGCGUUGGAAUACGGCACAAAAACCAGAUUCCGAAGGUGUACAUAUGCCCUAAUUGCCCUACCUCAUCUCGAACUUCAUUGAGCAUAAAGCACACACAGCGCCCAGGUUCUCGCACUGCUCACCGGUCUCUCGAUCCAACAAAAUCUUCGCACGAACAGAGCGAAAUGCGGGUACGAGAGUUUCCUCAGCAUCGAUCUUAUCUAGGAGGGAAUUUCCCGCAACGUCCUAUUGGUUGGAGUUAUGUCGGCAGACCCGUUGGGUUCGACUCAUCAUCUAGAUCCACUCCCGAUGAUCUUAGCGGAGACCUUGGACACCCUGCUAACCCGUACGAUGGGGACCCGUGGUUGGAUUAUUCUUCAAGUUCCGGCACAGGAGAACCGGACGCCGUCGUUCCGGAUCAACCGGUUUCAACAAGUAAUGGUUCAGCUCCCUCUGCAGAUAUUCUGAGAUCGACUACGCCGCCUCUCACUCCCAACCCCUUACGGGCCACUGCAGUUGAUUUCGGUCCAAAGGACCCUACCGAGGUGCUCCUGGAAGCCAUUGAAGUUGUCAGCGGCAGUACGUCCUCUCAGCCGCCAAGUGUCGCAACUGAGCCCUCCAAGUAA